ACAGGAACUGCCGUCAGACGACAGAAGAACCAGUCUGACAAGAGACAGAGAACAUUUACUAGCGUAAAAUAAACCAGGAUUAAAGAGGAGGUGAAACAGCGCUUGCGAUGGAACAUUUAUCAACGGCGAUGGGCAGGGGUUCCUGGACUUUGGGGUUCAGCAUCGGUACAGAGGAACACUCAUCUGAAUUCUAUGUGGCAUUGCGAUGGAUACAGUUUUCUAUGGUGGUUUUGAGUCUUAUCGGUUCAGGCUCCAUCAUUGGAUAUGUAGCACUGCAGCAGCUGGCAAGGCACCCAGAGAUUCGCCCAUUGUUCUACCUGAGUUUGUCUGACCUGAUGCUGGGAGUUUGCUGGCUGAUUGGCGUCUUGCUCUAUGGGGAGUCCUUCAGUACUCAGAGCAUCGCCUGCUACAAUCUCCAGGUGAUAGGACAGGUGCUAUAUAUCUCAUCUUUUUGCUACACCCUGAAUUAUACCUGGUGCCUGUAUAGAGAUCUGAGAUCGAGGAUUCGCGCAACGGUGAAUGAUUCAUCUUGCCUGAAGAUAACUGAAAGCAGUAAUAGACUGAGCAGGAUCGUAAUAAAAUUAUCCAGUUUGAUUCCUCUGCUACUGAUGGUGCCUGUAUUUUGUAUUGGAAAUGGAUACGGUUGUUAUGCUAACCUCAGCAAUUCGUGCCUCCUCCUUCACACUGGAAUGCUUGAACUGAACAGCAGUUAUAACAGGGUCCAUAAGAAUGCAUGUCACAGUUUGUACCUGUACAGAACCACCAUCUUCCUCAUUUCCUUCUGUUUUACAUUACUCGGACUUGUGAUUCUUCUAAUUAAAACCCGGAUCCUCUAUAAGAAAUUGGUGACUCUGACUGGAUUUCUUGGAGACCAGCAGUGGGCAAAGAUCAGCGUGAUUGAACGGAGAGUCUUUCUCUAUCCCACAGCCUUUUUGUUCUGUUGGGGACCAGCGACCAUUCUAGCUGUGAUUAAGCUGUUGAAACCAACAAACAUGCCUGUUCUUUAUGUCAUACUCUACAUCUUACAGGCAUUCACAGCUGCAUCUCAGGGACUGCUGAACUGUAUUGUGUACGGUUGGACACAGAGAACGCUCCAAUACGUGAGACAAAAGGCUCGUCGUGAUGUUGAUACACAGACUCCACUCCUACGUUCUCAGAAGCGAUCAUACUCCAGCAUGCAAAAUUCUAAAAGUUUGUAUAAACUAUAAUGCACAUGACAGCAGAACACAUGGAUAGCACUGAGGCAGUGGAAAAUGACGUGUUGUUGAUCUUUCCAAUGACCAACUGACUGAACAGAGCAGGAUGGACAUGAUAAUUCCACAAAAUCUAUCAUCUAAGUACUAACCAGACUCCAGUCCUACUCAAAGAGGAGCCACAUUGAGUGAGAAAGCCAUAGGGAAAACCAGUCAAACUUCCAAUUCAGUCAGAUCAGAGAGUAGAAUCAGGCUAGACACAGGAUAUCUGGUUACCUCCACCUCCAAUCCAGACAAGGGCCAGGAUGUGCAAGAGAGUGGAUUUGCACCAUAAUUCAUAACUACCUCCCCCACCCACCACCACUCAGGCUUCAAAGACAUACCUUGGCUCUGAGCUGAAAGACCAGAGCAUAUGCAUUUUUCCUUUGGCUCUUACUAACAAACUACUUUACAAAAGGGUUAUGUAAGAAUGUACUUACUGCAUAAGGGGUUGUUACACCCUACUGCAUGAGACACAAACUAUACAAAUUGAAAUAUUCAUUGAAGAUAAAAUAAACCUUAGUUCUAAAUUUAAAAUAAGUUAAGAUGCUCUUUUGGACUCAUGCUGCUUUAUAUUUCAGAAUCCUAUUAAAAAAUACCAUCAGGGCAUGUUAAAAGCAAGGAUUUUUGGAUUUGACUCUGCGGUGGGGUGAGGGUUUAUGAGCUGCUUUAUUUUAAAGAGAGGGAAAAAGGAAUAAACAAGCCCACCUGUUUUCCCACCCCUCCUCACUGUAGGAUAAUAUAAAUAAUGUAUUUAAUAGGGUCAGAAACUUGCAGGGGAGAUGUAGUGCAAAGAGUUAAUGUUAAGUACGUAAAUAGUCUACAUCAGUGAUGUAAGCUCACAUGACAACAGCGUAUGCUGAGAGAUAGUUCUAUAUGAAGCCUCGUGCUAAGCCUUGUACUGUACAUAGUCAGCAGAAUGUUCAAUAAAAGGUAAAGUUUACCGCA